AUGUCUACUGCCAGGCGUUUUCAGCAACUUUUGUUGAAAACAAAUAUGCGAGUUAGGGAAGGAGAAGCAAAUAAGGAAUUUGCCAAUUGGCUCUUACAAUUAUCUUACAAUCCACAAUGGAACGGUCGAAUACGUUUGCCGGAAUUCAUAUCUAUUUGCACAACAGUUGAAGAUCUCUGCGAGCAUGUAUUCCCUGCAGCAAUAGUCGCAUCAGUUCACAGCAAUUACACGGCAUUUAAGGGACGUGCAAUACUUGCAAUGCGAAAUGAUUUAGUUGCGGAUUUCAAUGAUAUUGUUCUCAAUACACUUACUGGUGAAGCUAAGACAUAUUAUUCUAUUGAUAGCGCAGACUUCAACAAUUCAGAAGAAGCAUCAAACGAACUCCCUGCAGAGUAUUUGCAAAACCUGAAUCCAGCUGCAUUACCACCUUCUCAUUUGCGAUUGAAGAUUGGCGCACCAGUUAUACUUUUGCGCAAUCUAUACCCAAAGCAAGGGCUUUGCAACGGGACUAGAAUGACCGUAAUUCGUAUGGAAAGAUGCUGCAUUGAGGUGCGAAUAUUGGGAGGCGAUAAUGAUGGUCAAGUAAAGGUUAUUCCUCGCAUCAAACUUUCUACAACCGAAGGGGAGUUGCCUUUCAUCUUAACUCGAAAACAAUUUCCUGUAAGAUUGUGUUUUGCAAUGACAGUAAAUAAGGCACAGGGACAAUCAAUUGACAUUGUAGGAAUCGAUUUACGAACUUCAUCUUUUACCCAUGGACAAUUGUAUGUUGCUUUGUCAAGGGCAACAGACGUCAAUAAGUUACGAAUCUUGCAAACAGAGGAGAGGGGUAGGGAAACUGAGAACAUAGUGUAUCCGGAGGUACUGUUGAGGGGAUGA